CAGCAGACACAGCAGAAUGAUAAAAUUCAGUCAGAAGUAUAGAUGCGAUUUUUUUUUGCUGGACAAAGUGUUUAACUUCAGACUUUAAUUCUGCAUAGUUUUAAUGCCCCGUGUCGGUUGACGGAAAAAACAAAACGCGACAAAACGAAAGGGGAAGUGUUUCGGGAGGACAAGCACUGUGAACAAUUUUGGUUCUCUGUAGUGUUCUCUGGAUCUCAUAAAUGACACGCCAUGUGGGACAGACAGCAUUUUUUGACCCUCGUUUCUUGUCUCCUGGCCUCACCUUCACCUCCUGCAGGUCAGAUCAGACUAGCUGGGUCUGGGUCCACUCGGUGCUCUGGAAGAGUUGAAAUCUAUCACAGUGGCUCCUGGGGAACAGUGUGUGAUGAUGACUGGGACUUAAAUGAUGCUGGCGUGGUCUGCAGACAGCUGGGCUGUGGGGCAGCAGAGAGUGUCCAUCAAUCAGCUCACUUUGGUGAAGGUACAGGACAAAUCUGGCUUGAUGAUGUGGCCUGUUCAGGAAGUGAAAGUUCUCUUACUGAGUGUCGACACAGUGGAUUUGGGACACAUAACUGUGGACAUGGUGAAGAUGCUGGUGUCACAUGUUCAGGGAUCCCCCCCAAGCCCAGUAUCUCCAUAAGUAACAGUGAGGUCACCUGGGGUCAGAGUGUCAACAUAUCUUGUUCAGUCCCAACUCAGGCAUCAGAUGGAACUUUCAUCCUCAAGAAGACCUCUGGCUCAUUCAUGGAGACUAAAAUCUCAAAUUCCAACUCUGCUACGUUCAGUAUCAACAAAGUGAACUUCAGUCAUGAAGGACAGUACCACUGCCAGUACGAGGAAAGCAUUCAGGGUUCAAAGUUCUCCUCCCCCUUUAGUAACUCUGUAGGACUCUUUGUUACUGUAAGCUUCCCAAAACCCCAUAUCUCCAUCAAUCCUGCUGGUGAGGUGACCUGGAGUCAGAACAUUGCAAUCACUUGUUCAAUCUCAACUCAGGUUUUAGGUGGAACGUUCAUUCUGAUGACAACAUCAGAUUCAUUCAACAGGACCCAAAAUUCAACUACAAACUCUGCAACCUUCAGUAUUUCUUCUGUGGACUUUGAUGAUGAGGGAUCGUACCAGUGUCAGUAUCAGAAAAAGGGCCCAAGUCGGGACUUUAACUCCCCGUUAAGUGACAGUGUCAUACUCAAUGUCACAGUGAGACUGCAGAGGCCCAGCAUUUCUCUGACGUCUCCUAAUGCAGGACUUGUCUGGGGUCCUGAAGGUGCACAGAUCACCAGGGGUUACAGCUUCAUCCUCACCUGUUCCAUUAACUCCACAUUUUCCAGUGGACAUUUUAUUGUGAGCUUCUCUGGCUCCAACCUCACAGAGCCAGCAGUCAACAACUCAGCCUCCUUUAGUUUCCCUGUAGCUGAGUAUGAACAUCAGGGCAACUACAGCUGUGUGUAUAAGGUCACAGUGUCCACACGGACAUUCACAUCUGCUGUAAUUGCACCGAUUAGUGUCAUCAUUAAAUUCAAUUUGAUGCCGCUGCUGUCCUCAGUAUCUGUUGGACUCCUGCUGCUGCUCCUGCUGUUGCUGUUAGUGGUAGGGCUGACGCGCAGGAGAAGACAACGACGAGCCAAGAAGCCUGUAGCUCUCAUCCACAGUCAAAUGGCUGUCCGAGUCGGGAAUGCUUACAAGUAUGGAGAUGAAGAUGAUGAUGAGGAUGAUGAGGAGGACUCUGUGAAUGUUGAUCUAGUGGACACUAAUGAAAAAAUCAAAGGAGGAGCUCCUGGACUGGAUGAAGACGAUGAAGAUUAUGAGGACCUAGUGAGUGAUGAUGAUCACGAUUAUGAGGAAGCAGGCCCUAAUGACAAAAAGUCCAAGGAGGCCUGUGUGAGUGUAGACUGUCACAGACAAGAUGAGGAAGAAACUAGUGAUGAAGAGGAAACUAGUGAUGAAGAGGAAACUAGUGAUGAAGAAAACAACUAUGAGAAUGUAUCCCCGCCUUCAGCAAGUGUGGAUAAUAAGGAAGAAGAGAAAACUAGUGAUGAAGAAAACAACUAUGAGAAUGUAUCCCCGCCUUCAGCAAGUGUGGACAAUAAGGAAGAAGAGGAAACUAGUGAUGAAGAAAACAACUAUGAGAAUGUAUCCCCGCCUUCAGCAAGUGUGGACAAUAAGGAAGAAGAGGAAACUAGUGAUGAAGAAAACAACUAUGAGAAUGUAUCCCCGCCUUCAGCAAGUGUGGACAAUAAGGAAGAAGACGAAACUAGUGAUGAAGAAAACAACUAUGAGAAUGUAUCCCCGCCUUCAGCAAGUGUGGACAAUAAGGAAGAAGAGGAAACUAGUGAUGAAGAAAACAACUAUGAGAAUGUAUCUUUACCACAACCAGUUCAUUAUCAUUCGUAAUGAGCUCUCGUCCUUUUGUAUGAAAUGGUAAAUGGGCUUGUUCUUAUAAAGCUCUUUUAUGCUCUGAGCACUCAAAGCGCUUUAGGCAACUUGCCUCAUUCACCAUUUAUACAAGCACUUUUGAUGCUUAAGUGUUUUCUAUGUAACAUUCACACACAUUCAUACUCCAGUGGAUGCAUCAGAAAGCAACUUGAGGUCAGUAUAUGUAUUUAACAUGCAGACUGUGGGAGCCAAGGAUCAAAGCAACCUUCUGAUUAGUAGAUGACCUGCUCUAGCUUCACCCACUCCUUUUCCAUGCACUUCUUCCAGUCAUAUUGAAGACAACAUGAUGUUAACUUUGUAAAUGAUGAUGCACUUUAGGCAACUUGCUUGCUACUGAUUGAGCUGUGUCCCCUAAGUUCUGAUCUUAGUCAGAUCUUCCCCUUACUCAAGAAAACACCAGUUUGAAAACACCAAGAGGAUGAUGGCAAAAUUGCUCAUCUUGAGGCUUCAUGGUGGGAUUUCAAUAACCAAUGGGUGAUGCCAAGCAUGGGUGGAUGCAUGCAUUUUUUUUUUAAUAUCCAGUAUCUCACAAAAGUAAGUAAACCCCUCACAUUUUUGCAAAUAUUUUGUUAUGUCUUUUCAUGGGACAGCAUUGAAGAUGACACAGUGUACAGCUUGUAUAACUGUAAAUUUGGUGUCCCCUCUAAAUAACUUAACACACAGCCAUUAUUGCCUAAAAUGCUGGCAACAAAAGUGUAUACCUCUAAGUGAAAAUGUCCAAAUUGUGCCCAAUUAGCCAUUUUCCCUCCCUGGUGUCAUGUGACUCAGUAGUGUUACAAGGUCUCAGGUGCAAAUGGGGAACACUUGUGUUGAAUUUGGUGUUAUUGCUCUCACACUCUCUCACAAUGUUCACUGGAAGUCUAACAUGGCACAUCAUGGCAAAGUAUUCUCUGAGGAUCUGAAAAAAACAAUUAUUGCUCUACAUAAAGAAGGCCUAGGUCAGGGGUCUGCAACCUUUAAC